CCCCUCAUCCUCCCUCAGAUAUACUACAGCACAGAAAGGGGGAAAAAAAAACUGAUCAAGCUUUUCCGGUCUGCUAGCCCUAAUUUCCUCUCAAGACCUCUGGCGUUGGAGCUGAGGGGACGCGCAGGCAGAUCCUGGCCGAGGAGCAGCGAGGAGAAACCGGAGCCUUUCACCGCCUCUCACCGCCGCCCCGCACGCCUCUGGACGGUGACUACACACGGCUGACUGCGGAGGAGAAUGAAUCCCGUCCCCGGUGCGAUGUGCCCGGAGACGAGCCGUGUGUGAGGGGAGAGCGGAAUGGUUUGGCGGACGGGACCGCGCAUGGUUCUCGCCGCGGCCGCUCCGUGCUCUCCCGUCCGCGCGUCUCUCCGUCUCGCCCGCCGGUGCCCGUCCUCCUCCCCGCCGCCCUGCUGCACCACCUCCGGGUAUUUGUCCGACUCUACGUUACAUAACUCGGCGUCACUGUCGCUCGCACUGACUUCAUUUUAAAGGCAGGAGCGGGGCAGACACAUCUCUCUCACUGCCCCGGCAGCAGGAGCACAGAGCGGCGGCAGGAGGCAGCGACGCAGGACCGAGCAGCCUCUGCUGUCCUGGAUCGGAGGACUGGCGGGAGGACACAGUAAGGAAACCUGAGUCCAGCGGUGAUGAGAGCUCGGUCCAAGUGGAUUUCGCUGAUGUGCUGCCAGAAGCAUCUGGAAAGGAUAACGGAGGGAUACACUCCCCCUCCAGAGGAGCAGGGGAUAAUUCACAUCUCAGACGUGUCAGAGUUUCAGCUCUCAAGUCUCUCAGCUUGUGUUUUAAUGUGAAGCUGUCACUGAAACCCUCUGACUGCUGUGAGUGGCACAAGAUUUCCUCUUUGCACCAGUGGUUUGGAACAUGUUGGAUAACCGGCGCGUUCAGUGAGUGAUUAAAGGACGAGCGCUCUCGCCCAGAAACCAGAACAGAUUUCUGCAGGGUUUCCUCGUAGCUAUGCAGUGAAGAUGUGUGCAGCCAGGUUCAGCGGCUGCCUCAAUGGCUGGGCAGAGGAGGCCGCUGCAGGGGCUGCCGGUCCGGUCACGGCCUCCAGGAUGCUGGACUGGACAGAGGCCGGUCCCCGCAUCCUCCACAGCCUGGAGAUGGGGACGGUGAUGACACUCUUCUACCAAAAGAAAUCCCAGCGGCCCGAGAGGAGAACGUUCCAGAUAAAGCAGGACAUGCGGCAGAUAGUGUGGAGCCGAAACCCCGACAAGAUGGAAGGAGAGCUCGACAUACGGGAGAUCCGGGAGCUGCGGUUGGGGAAGGGCUCCCGUGAUUUUGAGCGCUACCCGGAGGAGGCACGUAAACUGGACACCGCCCACUGCUUCAUCGUGCUGUACGGUCUAGAGUUUCGCCUCAGGACUCUCAGCUUGGCUGCGUUCAGUGAGGAGGAGGUCACCAUGUGGAUCACUGGUCUCAACUGGCUGAUGACUGACACUCAGAGAGCGCCCGCACCACAACAGAUUGACAGGUGGCUGAGGAAACAGUUUGAGGUCAUGGACAGGAACCAUGAGGGCAGCAUCACGGUGAAGGAUGUGAAAGCUCUGCUGCCCCAGAUCAACUACAGAGUCCCCAACAUGCGCUUCCUCAAAGACAAGCUGCAGGAGGUGGAGGCCAGGACCGAUCUGUCAUACCCCAACUUCGCACAGCUCUACAGGACACUGAUGUUUGACGCUCAGAAGAGUAUUAUUGAGCAGCUGGAGCUCUCCUUCCCUCUGCGGAAUGUUGACAGACCGGAGCUUUGUCAGAUCUCCCUCUAUGACUUCCAGAAGUUUUUGCAGAUGGACCAGAAGGACUCCUGGGCGUCAGAUCUGAGUCGUGUCAGGGAGUUCCUGAUGGGCUACAUGAGAGGGGGACCGCAGCCUGAGCCCACGCUACAACUGGAUGAGUUCCUGACAUUCCUGUACUCGAAAGAGAACUCGAUAUAUGACCCACGACUCUCGACUGUUGUUCCUGACGACAUGAAAAGGCCACUGUCUCAGUAUUGGAUCUCCUCCUCUCACAACACCUACCUGACAGGUGACCAGUUCUCCAGUGAAUCAUCUCUAGAAGCCUACGCUCGCUGCCUGAGGAUGGGCUGCCGCUGCAUUGAAUUGGACUGCUGGGAUGGACCUGACGACCUGCCAAUCAUCUACCAUGGCCACACUUUAACCUCCAAGAUCAAAUUCCUGGAUGUGCUGCACACCAUUAAAGAACACGCCUUUGUCACAUCUGAGUAUCCUGUCAUCUUGUCCAUCGAGGACCACUGCAGUGUGGUCCAACAGAGGAAUAUGGCCACGCACUUUAAAAAGGUAUUUGGAGACCUGCUGCUCACCAAGCCGGUCGACAACAGCGCUGAGGAGCUCCCCUCACCCUACCAGCUCCGCAGGAAGAUCCUCAUCAAGCACAAGAAACUGGUCGAAGGCACGCUUUAUGAAGAGGUGUCAUCAGCCAGCUACUCUGAAAAUGACAUCAGCAACUCUCUGAAGAAUGGCAUCCUUUACCUCGAGGACCCCAUUGACCACACGUGGACUCCACACUACUUUGUCCUGACCAGUAAUAAGAUCUAUUACUCAGAGGAGACAUCUCACUACCAGACAGCUGAUGAAGAGGAAGACGAGGAAGCAAAAGAGGAGUGCAACAAUAACGAGCAGCACUGUGCGGAGCGCUGGUUCCACGGGAAGCUGGGCGGAGGGCGUGAUGGUCGACAAGUGGCUGAGAAGCUCCUGCAGGACUACUGUGAGGGCGGGGCCAAAGACGGCACCUUCCUGGUCCGGGAGAGCGAGACGUUUGUCGGAGACUACACCCUCUCAUUCUGGCGCUCAGGUCGAGUCCAGCACUGCAGGAUCCAUUCUCGUCAGGAGUCUGGCUCCACCCGCUUCUACCUGACUGACAACCUGGUGUUUGACAGCCUCUACCGCCUCAUCUGCCACUACAGAGACACACCUCUGCGCUGCAACGAGUUCGAGAUGAGGCUGGGCAGCCCUGUACCUCAGCCCAACGCACACGAGAGCAGAGAGUGGUACCACUCCAGUCUGUCCCGUGUUCAGGCUGAACACAUGCUGAUGCGUGUUCCCAGAGACGGAGCUUUCCUGGUUCGAAAACGCAGCGAACACAACUCAUACGCCAUCUCCUUCAGAGCGGAGGGAAAGAUCAAACACUGUCGUAUCCAGCAGGAAGGUCGUCUCUUCAUGUUGGGCAGCUCGGCUGAGUUUGAGAGCCUCGUCGACCUCGUGAGCUACUACGAGAAACAUCCUCUGUACCGCAAGAUGAGGCUCCGCUACCCCAUCAACGAGGACACUCUGGAUCGGAUGGGCACCACGGAGCUUGACUACGGGGCACUGUAUGAGGUUCGCACUCCUCAUUUCUAUGUGGAGGCCAAUAAGAUGCCCACAGCACGAUGCACAGUCAAAGCUCUGUAUGACUAUCGAGCUCAGAGGGAAGACGAGCUCUGUUUCCCCAAACAGGCGCUCAUUCUCAAUGUGGAUAAACAGGAGGGCGGCUGGUGGCGAGGUGACUACGGGGGAAAGAAACAGCUGUGGUUCCCUGCGAACUACGUGGAGGAGGUUCCCAGUUCUCCUGUCAGGGAGCUGGAUGAAGCAUCCACAGAGAACAGUCCUCUGGGAACAUUCCUCAAGGGCUUCAUUGAUGUUCCCACCUGUCAUGUAGUGGUGCAUAAGGAUGGGAAGAAUUUGCGGCCAUACGUCUUCACAAUCCACUCCCAGCACCUGUCAUCUCACCCGGUUCAGACUCUGGAUGUGGCAGCCGACUCUCUGGAGGACUUGACCAGCUGGGUCAGCAAGAUCAGAGAGGCUACGCAGAAUGCCGAUGCUCGGAUGCAGGAGGAGAAGCAAAUGGAGAGGAGGAAGAAGAUCGCGGUGGAGCUGUCUGAGCUGGUGGUCUACUGCAGACCUGUCCCCUUCAACGAGGACAAGAUAGGGACGGAGAGGGCGUGUUACCGGGACAUGUCUUCCUUCCCAGAAACAAAGGCAGAGAAGUUUGCGACUCGCGGCAGGGGGAAACGCUUCCUGCAGUACAACCGCCUUCAGCUUUCCAGAGUUUAUCCCCGAGGACAAAGGCUGGACUCAUCCAACUACGACCCGCUUCCCAUGUGGCUCUGCGGCUCCCAGCUGGUCGCACUCAAUUUCCAGACCCCAGAUAAACCCAUGCAGCUGAACCAGGCACUGUUCAUGCUUGGAGGUGGCAGCGGCUACGUUCCUCAGCCUGAUAUCAUGAGGGAAGACGCCUUUGACCCAUUCGACAAGGACACCUUGCAUGUGGAGCCAAUCACCAUCCAGUUACAGGUGCUCGGAGCCCGUCAUCUGCCCAAAAAUGGCCGCAGCAUCGUCUGUCCGUUUGUGGAGGUGGAGAUCUGUGGGGCUGAUUACGACAGCUGCAAAUGCAAGACAGAUGUUGUAGCUGAUAAUGGUCUGAAUCCAGUGUGGGUGCAGAAGCAGUUUGUGUUUGACAUCCACAACCCCACAUUCUCCUUUCUGCGCUUCACUGUCUACGAGGAGGACAUGUUCAGUGACCCGAACUUCCUGGCACAGGCGACCUACCCUGUGCGCCUGCUGCGAACAGGGUACCGGAGCGUCCCUCUGAAAAACAGCUACAGUGAAGAGCUGGAGUUGGCUUCCCUUCUGGUUCAUAUAGAGAUUGUCAAUGCCAAGGAGGAAGACGAUGAGAACCUGUACAUGUCCAUCCAGCGGCUGCGGGAUCGAACCAGCGAGCUGUCAAACCAGGUUUCUCUCCUGGAGAGGUCAGGCUCAGGGGAUCUCAGCUACCAGCAGAGUCUGGAGGAGCUCAGAGCGGCUCAGGACCAGCUGAGUGAGCUGGUGGAGGCUCGAAAUCGCAGGCUGAUGGAGAAGAAAAGAAGGGAGAAGCUGAGGCAGCAGGUGGCAGCAAAGCGCAGCUAAUCCUCCCGUCCACCAGAGAAACGCUCAAGUCCAACACAAACCGUGCCUGACGCUCGCUGCCACCAGUACUGUGCAGUGACAGCCUGCAAGGACAACAGGCUCUCCACAGCUGCGACAUGCAAUCUAUUUCUUACUGGAAACAAAACCAUGUUCCUUCACAAUAAAAUGGUAGAUUUUAUUUCUCGCUGGGAUGAACAGAAGCAUCUCACGGACUAAAAUGAAAAACCUCACAAAACUAAGCUAUACAAACAAUCAUGGACUGAAGGCUGAAACACACUAAGAGAGAAUUGUGGAUGGGUUUUUUUCUGGUGUUUUCGUGGAAACUAAACAGACAGGAGAGACACAAGGUCAAAGAAAGGGUGUCUGGAUUUCACUGUCAUGAUUAGAGCUGAAAUAAUUGAUUGAUUCACGAAUACAAAAUUUGCAAUUAAGUUGCAACAAAUUAUUGAUUAGUUGUCAACUAUAAAUAUAAUCACCAACUAUUUUGAUAAUCGGUUAAUCAAUACAAGUAAUUUGUUUUUGGGAAAGAAUGUCCUUCAUUCCAGCAUCUAAUAUGUGAAAAUGUUGUGGUUUCAACAUUCCGAUCGACAUUUUGCCAUUUUAAAGAUGAAACAACAAAUGAAUCGAGAAAAAAUGUAAAACAGAUUAAUCAACAAUGACAGUAACAAUUAGUUGCAGCCCUGAUCUGCAGCUAUUUUUUUCAUAAUUUAUUAAUUGUUCAGGUGAUGUGUAAAAACAAAAAAAAUAUCAAGCGUUUGCUGCUUCUCUUUGUGUUUUGUGAUCAUAAAUUGCUAAUUGAAAAGUGUUGCAGCCUUGGGCUUUGGAUAAUAAUUACAGGUAUUUCUGAGUGUUUACUUACAUCUUAUUCACUAAUUACUUUGUUGAUUAGUCAAUAAUUGAAUUAAAUAAUCAUAAGUUGCCGUUAUAAUCAUGAUGAGCACAUCUAGUAGAGUUUUAAGACCCGUAAUUUAGUGUAUAUCGGUCAGUUAUCAUAAACACGCUGUAGGCCAACUGGCAAAACACCAAUAAGUCUAAAUUAAAUCAAAUUUGAAGUUUCUAUUUUAAGCACAUUGCCAUUUUCGUUUUUAAUUUUUUCGACAAAAGGUUAAUUCUGUCCAACUGUUUACUUCUGUCUGUUAAGAAAAGCAAACACACAUGCAAAGACUUCAGCCUGGCUGCUUCUGACACCUUUAGAACAUGUGCAUUUUGGCAUAGAUGGUUUUAUAUCCUGCCAUAAUACUGACAUUAAAAACAAUUUGGAAAUUAAGCCUGAAGCUCAUCAAGUUCGCUCUUACUGUGUUUUGGUCUUUGGCAAGCAAAAACAGGAAAAAAGGGAGAAGAAAACUCAGGUUACACAGAUGGAUGGAAUAACAGAGAAAAGGGAGCAGUGGGCACACGUAGCAAAAAGUAAAUAUCAUGUAUGUGCCUUUGAUGUUGAGUUUUGUGGAAUAUAAAUACUCUUGCUCUCUUAACAAAGUAAAAGAAAGCUGACUGCUUCCUCUAUAACUGGAAAGAGUAUGGGAAACUACUAUCAAACUGGAGGAGGAAUUCACUCAGUUGGCUGGAACCACUACUCAUGAAAUGGGUUUAAAGACUGAAGUCUGUUCCUCCCUAUAAAGACCAAGUCUUUUGUGAGUGAUAACAUGAACUCUGCCUCUAAGUGGUGGGGGUCCCGUCACUGACGAUCCUGUUCUACCUGGGAGAGGACAAACUGGACGAACAAAUCCCCUCGAUCCACACAGAGAAGGUCUUUCAAUACUUCUUCAAAGGGCUCUAAAUAGAUCUAUACUACCUUCAAAGAAGCAAGAGAACAGUGAGCAGAGGAGGGGGAAAGAGGAUGAACAUGUUCCUCACAGUGCCGUGUCACCUGCACAGGGGCUCAGGUGUGUUUGUCACAGUCAGACACACAUACACACACACACGACAACCAAGGGCUAUCACAGAAAACUAGCAAAGCACUCCUUUACCUGACGGUUCAGAUUUCAUGCUUCACAUCUGAACCACAAGAUCAGGAUCCGUUCCCAUCAUCUGGCUCUAAUCAACAGGUGUGGCUCAACUGGUCCUGGAUCUGCUGAAAACAACUUUGAUUCGACCCACUGCAUGGCUUCAUAUUUAAUAAUGCCCUCUCGCCUCCUGUAGCUACUUCACUUCCCCAUCAUCCUCCUGUCUAAUUUUUGUUUUGUAUAUAACUUCUUUUAUUUAUCAGACAGGUGUAGAUCCUGUUUUCAUAGAUGAAAGAACAUACUGGAAGAAUGAUAAUGGACUUCAGAUCGAAGAUACUGUAACUUUAUUUAGAAAUAUUGUGUACCUGGAGCUCCCUUUAAAUGUCCCUGUAGACACAAACCUCUCUCUUUCUCCCUAUGCUGCACUUGCACUGGGUAGGGACUUCUAUGCAAAGGUCCUCUUAUUGGCCAAUAGACAUUGUGUUGUAGGCGAUUUGAUUUGAGUUGUUUUCUCUCCAUAUCUAUACUAACUAUCCAGUAUUAUUACUCUGUAUUAAAAAUCCUGUGCAAGUUUCCAUUUAAUAAAGCUCUUUCAUGUAC